AUGGCACGGAUUAUGGAAGGCCAUACCAACUCUUCACUGUCUCGCAAUCCGAGGCCAAGAACCUCCUCUUCGCAGGAUUCAACAUCUCAGGCCCUCGAGGCCCUGACCAUUCCAUCUUCUGAGGGUGGAGUGCCCUCUAAUCCUCCUCAGCGUAGAUACGAGAUGUGGAAACCAUCGAGUACACCCGAGGUGACUUCUUCUCGCCCUGAGAGCUUAGUACGUCACACUUCAGCUAAGAGGUUGGCGGGCUAUUCGGCACCUCUAGGAGCCCCACUCAGGCCAACACCUCCAGUGCCACCACAGGUUGAGCAGGCACAACAAGAUGAGCUUCCCACGGAGUCUGUACCACCUGCCCCUACAACACUUAUGCCUAAGGCCACUUAUUCUGCUCCUCCUACCACUCUUGUUGUUCCACCAGAUGCACCUACUACAUCUGAGGCCUCUAUCACCAUUUCUGCCACAGAGUUUCGUGCCAUGAUACAUACAUUCUAG